AAAAAAAAUAACCAACCAACAUUGUUCCUGUCGACCGGCUGGACAUCCACGGGAUGUCCGAAGGAUGACUGGAUACACGUGUUUUCAAAAGUGGGUAUGAAAUCACGUUUUCAGAACUCAAACCAAAUACAACAUUCAAACCAAGGACUGGAAUCACAUUUCUAGAGUUCCACCAAACACAGUAUGCAAAUCCACUUUCAUAAAGAGUAGUAGUUGGUGGUUGUUUGCUGUAUUAUGGAGCAGUUGCUACUAAGCUUACGUAGAUGUUUGUCUUGCAACAACAAAAGUCUUCAAAUUGUCUUUCCCUUUUACUAAUCCAACACUUGUUAUUAACCCAAUUCCAAUCCACACCAAAAACAGAAACAGAAACAAAAACAUCAACAUGGGUACUUUGUCCUUCCAUGAAUUCAAAAGAUAUGCUUCUCUGUUCUUCAAAGAGAAGAUCAAGACUGCCCGAUUGACUCUCACUGAUGUUACAUCUGCUCAACUCUUGACAGAAGAAGCCACAAACGAAGAUUCGUGGACACCAGACACUCGUACCAUGGGACUAAUAUCUCGGGCUGCCUUUGAAGUCGAUGAUUAUUGGAGGAUUGUCGAUAUUCUUCACAAAAGGUUAUCAAGAUUUGAUAGGAAGAAGUGGAGACCCUCUUAUAAGGCUCUAAUAGUAUUGGAUCACCUUCUAACUCACGGACCAGAGAGAAUUGCAGAGGAGUUUCAGUGUGACAAAGAUGCUAUAAGGGAGAUGACAAACUUUCAGCAUGUUGAUGAAAAAGGAUUUAACUGGGGUUUGAGCACUAAAAAGAAAUCAGAAACCAUAUUGAAGCUGCUUGAAGACAUGCCGUUUCUGAAAGAGGAGAGAGCUCGAUCUCGGAAGCUAACAAGUGGAAUCAAAGGGUUCGGUAGUCUCUGCCUGAGAAAAUCUUCUUCCAUCGAUGGAAGCUCAAAAGAAUCUUCACGCGAAACAGUCAUAGUGAGACACAAUUCUCACUACAACUGUUACGAAAAUCAAGAUGUUGAAGUUUUAGCACAAAAUGAUGCAUUUUCAACAGAGGAAAAGAUUAAAAAGAUGCUACAAACUUGCGAAGUACCCGAAAAGCAGGUGAAAAAUGCAAACUCUAGGUUAAAUAUUGGAGAGGAAUGUUCAGAUGAAGUGAAUCAUCCAUUUUGUGAGAAUAAGCACGAUGAAGUGAAUCAUCCAUUUUGUGAGAAUGAGCAUCAAACCGGUGCCUCUCUGCUUUCUUCUAUUAUUACAUGAAAAUUCUUGCAGCUGUGAGUUUUUUGUGUUUUUGUUUUUGUUUUUGUUUUUGGUAUUUUUGUAGAUGAUGUGGUGUGUGCACAGUUUGAGGUGUUCUGGUGUUCUUUUCUUGGUAUGGAUGUUGUGUAGUUUAGUUCUUA